GUCUCUAUGGCAAAUCUAAUAUUGACCAGCUGACCAUUGAUCAGAUAGCACUGGCCAGGGAAGAUAUGCUGGUAGAGGAAGCAAAGGUAGCCUUCGAAAAAGACGAGGCCACGAAAGCAGAGGGACAGAAAAAGUUGUCCGAAGAAAAGUACCCACUGUUCCUCGGAGCGUUCACCAAGAUCAUCAAAGCGAACAAGUCCGGCUUUGCUGUAGGAAGCAAGCUGUCUCUGGCUGACAUCGUCAUCUUCGAGGGCACCCAGGGUCUGUUCGAACACCAACCAGAGUUUUUAGAAGAAAAAUACCCGGAGAUCAUGGCUCUCAGGAAAAAGGUAUCGGAGACGGACGGCAUCAAGCAAUAUCUGGCAAAGAGGAAACCGACCGACUUUUAGUCCCUUCUGGGUGCAAUGACGCAAGCGAAACGGAAGGAACAUUCCAGAAUGAUGGGCCAUGGCGCUCGGUGUCGUUUGUUGUUUAGAAGUCUUUUAGCGCAUUAUGCUCCACGUGUUGGAACUCUCCCUUAGAGGAGAUAGAAACUGUGUUGGUCGAUGUCGUGAACUUUGAUGUGCGGGCUUCAACAUCCUGCAGAUGUAUGACGAAGACGGACAGCCCGAAAGAGCCUAUGGCUGAUGAUCAUGUCCCUUCUAAGAUCUAAAUCUCUAAGUGUCCUUGACUUUUUAAAAAAAAUUGUUUUUGUUUAUUAAUUAUUUUGUUUUUUCCCUUUUUUUCAUUUAUUUGUUUUGUUUCAGCUUCUUGUUUGGUAUUGGCUGUUACUUUCUUUAUUUCCUAAUAUCUUUUAAGCUGCUUCAAAAGGUUUACCUAAAAUUGUCUGAACAGGCAGCGAAAUUAGGGAAGGACACAUUUAGUUUCUAGUGGGUGUCGUAAUGAUGUUGUACCUUUAUGAUCAAACAGAUACGAGUCGAACCUUCCUUUCGCAAUACUCAUUCGCUGUGUGGAGGUUUGGUUCUAUUUGUUAACCUUUCUGCUCAAUAAUAUGUUAGUGUGCUACCCCGUUUCCCCCUUCGGUUCCCCUCAUUGAAAAGUCAUUAGCAUGUUAUGUUGUUUGUGCAUUAUCAUGCAGCAAUUAAAAAAAAACAACGAGAAAAACGA